UGUGUUUUUUUAUUUUAAUUUUAUUCAAAUUAAUAUGAGGGUACAAUAUUUAGGUCACAUUGUUCUCACUUCCAGAGGAUGUUGUGUUUUAUGAUUGGGAAGGCUGUUCCUCAGAGGUAUAUUCUAUAGUGAAAUGGUAAUAAUUGUGAACCAUUAUGAAUUAGACAACAAAUAUAGACUUUGUCAGAAAUGUGGGCGAAGUUGCCAUACACACUCUACUAUUAAGAGUGGGACAUAACAGGGAUUUAGGGACUUUAAAAAGAAUUAGGUUGAUUUAUAUAUUGUUAAUUAAAAUAUAUACGAAGUCCUUUCCCUUCCGGACGCCGCCGAGGUCGCAUGCAUGAGGCCUCUCUGCCGCCGAGAAGAUGCGCUACCUCGCUUCCUCAGGGGCAACGCCUACCCCAGUGCCAGGGACAUCAAGAAGAUCCUGGACAGCGUGGGCAUCGAGGCCGAUGACGACCGGCUCAACAAGGUCAUCAGUGAGCUAAACGGAAAAAAUGUCGAAGAUGUCAUUGCCCAAGGUAUUGAUAAGCUUGCCAGUGUACCUGCUGGUGGGGCUGUGGCUGUCUCUGCUGCCCCCCGUGCUGCAGUUCCUGCUGCUGUUUCCGCCCCUGCUGCAGCAGAGGAAAAGAAAGAUGAGAAGAAAGAGGAGUCUGAAAAAUCAGAUGAUGAAAUGGGAUUUGGCCUAUUUGAUUAAAUUCCCAUUCCCCUGCAAAUAAAGCUUCCUUUUUA